AUGCCUAAAGUGGAGGAUGGCGGCCACCCUUCUUGGCCUGCAGAAAGCGAAUCAGAUGGCGGUGUCGGCCAGUUUGACAUUGACAUCACCAAUGUUACAUUGUGCCAAGUCUGUAGGGUGAGUGUCUGUUGGCAAGACAUGAAGAUGUGCGUCGGGUGUGCCUCUGGAGCGCCGAGGCCCCUCCCCAGCAAGUUUCUGAGACAGCUGCGGGAUGACCUCGCACGCACCGACUCAACCGUCGUUCUGCGGUGGCUCGACGGGAGGGGACGCAUUGUGCACCGCGGAAAGGUGGAACGUGCAGCAGCAUGCGGUGACAAAUCACACAUGGCGGACAUGUGUGAGACUCUCUCCAUGUAUGCGCUGAAGAACGGUUGGGCCGCUUGGGCUCUGGAUAUCGCAAAGGACGAGCUGCGCGGGAAAGCUGUGGAGAAGGGACUAGUAAGCGGGUAUAAGCGCAGCCGGCCGAUCGAGGACGACGCUGGUCCCAUAACGCACUGGUGCUCGUGCGGCAAUCAGAAGCUAGAGACGUCUGGACAGUCACAAUCCCUGUCCAUCGAGGUCGCCGCCGGGGCGUUGGCGAAGCGGACCAAAUCAGCGAAACCACAGAAGCCCAGCACAUUGACACGACAAGCCGGCAUAUCCAAGAAACAGGCCAAAGCGACAAAGAAGCAGCCCAUUGUGUCGACAAGACAGCUCCGAUCAUCGACAAAGCUUCUCGAAGCAUCCGCAGCCCAAGCCCAAGCCCAAGCCCAAGCCGCUGCUGCCGCUGCCGCAAAUGCCCCUCCCAAACAAGAGGCGGUGCGUUCUCGCGUGCCCACCAAGGACCAAAUCGAAUUGGCAUACGAACGUGGAAUGUGGUCGGGUGUAACGCCUCAGAUCUUCGCCGACGCAUUGUGGCUGGCCGGAACUGGUCUCCGCCAGAUCGAGAAGGCGAGCGGUAAAUCCAGCAAAGAAGUAGCCAAGGGCGCGCGUGGCUCCGUCGAAACCAUGGUGCUGCAUUACUACUUCAUGAACAACCACAUCAACACACUGGCAGAUGCACUGGAUUUGACGGUGCUCGGAGCCUACCUCACUGCAUUGGACCAUGGAAAUGUCCGAGACAGCGACUUCACACCAUAUACCGGCGAUGUGGCGCGCCACGCAAGCCUGGCUCGAUGGACGGUUGCAAUGAUGGAGCUCGCCGUCCAAUGGCCAACGAUGCUGGAUUGGCACGCAGGAAGUUUGUCAAGUCUGGGGCUGGUACGGGGCCUGGAGCUGCGUGCGUGGGUGUUCGCCGCCCAUUGGGAUGUCCUUAUGCACUACGAGCUCGCCAGCAGUCUCGAAUGGGAGGAGAGGCUGCCGUCGUGGCUAUACGUCGCAUCUGCACUUGGACACGACGUAGGCGAUCUCUGUACCGACACGCGGAUGGGCUGCAUAGACAACGCCUACUUCGCCGUGGGGGGCACGGCUGGAUAUGAGGGUGUGGCCGCCUGCAUGGACAUUGUGUGCGACGCGCUUGAAGCGGUUGUGCUCCGGGACACGCGCGGCGCCAUCGAUGUAUGCGCUGUUUCCGGCAGCGCCUGUGCAACCUUUGAGCGGGCGGGCGGCAAUCUGUGUGCUUGCUCCAAUGAGGCUUCGUCGAGCUCAUGCGAGGUCCAUUCCGUGCUGGCUUCCAUCUGCGGCGACCGACGAAUCACUGCCGACGACGCCGCCUAUUUCGUCGGGCUCCGGGAUGCCAUCAGAUCGCGCUGCCAAGAGCUGCCCCGGUUCCGCUCCAGAGACAUGGCGCAUCUUAACCAUGCGGAUCGUGAGAAGGUGUAUGCGCAGGGCCUGGUGGCGAUCGCGACGGGCGGCAGCGGUGCAAAGCAGGCCCACGCACGCCUGCAGGUGGCCUAUUCGAGUGCUGCUCAGUCAUUGUGCGGUCAGCUGCGACGGAUGGCAGCGGAUCUUCGGCAGCGGAUUGGCCACGAUGCGUUGAAUCUGAGCAACGACUGCAUGUGUGGCGGAGAGUGCACUAGAGCAGGCGGCUGA